UUACAGCAACAUCACCUCCAACUACCAGAAUUACAGCAACAUCACCUCCAACUACCAGAAUUACAGCAACACCACCUCCAACUACCAGGAUUACAGCAACACCACCUCCAACUACCAGGAUUACAGCAACACCACCUCCAACUACCAGGAUUACAGCAGCAUCACCUCCAACUACCAGAAUUACAGCAGCAUCCCCUCCAACUACCAGAAUUACAGCAGCAUCCCCUCCAACUACCAGAAUUACAGCAGCAUCCCCUCCAACUACCAGGAUUACAGCAACAUCCCCUCCAACUACCAGAAUUACAGCAACACCACCUCCAACUACCAGGAUUACAGCAGCACCACCUCCAACUACCAGAAUUACAGCAGCAUCACCUCCAACUACCAGAAUUACAGCAACACCACCUCCAACUACCAGGAUUACAGCAACACCACCUCCAACUACCAGGAUUACAGCAACACCACCUCCAACUACCAGAAUUACAGCAACAUCCCCUCCAACUACCAGGAUUACAGCAACAUCCCCUCCAACUACCAGGAUUACAGCAACACCACCUCCAACUACCAGGAUUACAGCA